AUUGUCGUCGUUCUGUCGCAGGUCUUCCUGGGCAGCCCGUCCGAAGGCGAACUCCACCGGGGCGACCUCGUGCUCAAGAUCGGCGAACGCGACACGGCGCGAAUGACCCACAACGAAGCGACCGAACUCAUUCGAAACAGCGGAAACCACCUCAACCUUCUCAUACAGAGGGCGCCAGGUCCCUACUCCCCGGCGUCGACCCCGACGACCCCGAAGGCCCCCGGCACCGUGGGCGGCGGCCACCCCCUGGCAGGGGCCACGUUCCGGCCGGCGGGGCCCCCGUCGUACGCGUCGCCCCAGAGCCCCGGCGUGACCAUCACCACGCAGAACGUGAGCGUGCCCCAGAUGGGUGGUCCCCAGGACGGGGGCUACUCGUACGAACUGCGCCAGGGCUUCCUGGUACCCGAGCAAAUGGUCGAAAACAAGAUCGACUCCCUCAAGGAGCAGGCCAAGAUCACCAGCCAGACUUACCGGACCACGCCUCUGAUCACCCCGACGGCCAAGCCAAGGCGAGACGUGACGAUCGGCUCGUACCUGCGUCACGUUAAAGAACCUUACUUCACGACGAUGAAGAUGCCAGCGGACGGAAUGAACAAUCCUGAGGCGAUUGCUAGGAAAGUUCAGGAGACCGUGAACCAGGCCGCUUCGGGCUCCAGCUCGCCCAGCUUUGGAAUGCCAGCGGGAUCCGGGGGCAGUGACACCGGACCCAAGAUCGUGCACCGUCAGUACAACUCGCCGUACCAUCUCUACUCCAACCAGAACGUUGCUGACACGCUGAGCGCCCAAACGGGCAUCAAACUCAGCCCCAACAACCUACAGCCAUCGGGAAGCCCCAGCCCCCAGCAGAUGUCCCCCAGAGGGGACGCACUGGGUACCCUGAAGCCAGGCACCAAGAUGGGCAACCCGGCAGACAUCACCAUGUCCCCCACCUACCGAAUGAUCCACGGCGAGGAGUGGCGAGACAUCAAAAAGACCGAGCUCAAGGAGCACAGGCCCGUGCAGAAUCAGCUCUACACAAUUCAGUCGGACGGACACAGCAUCAACGCCUUCGGAGCACCCAAGGGAAGGAUCCAGCAGUCCAACAGCUUCAAGACGAUCAUGUCGACCGUCAUGACGCCCAAACUUCUGUAGGCGAGCUACCAGGGCGUUUGCCAAUGCCCGUGCGUUUUUCGAUGCGCGUCGAUGAUUCUUUUUUUUUUUUUUUUUUUAAUCUAAGUGCACCUGCGAUUCAGAGUCAGAGUACAAGCGAAGAACCCACGUAACAAAAUCGUUUCUGGAGAGGUGCGCUAAAAGAAAGCCAUGACGCGGAGAUGGAAUUUGAGCAGCUAUUGCCACCUUGCAGAAAAAUGGCUCUUGGGGAAGUGUGAUUUUCCCUCUCGCUUGCUAUGAAAGCACUAACAAAAGCAAACUGAAUUUUCUGUAAAUGUACUUGCUCAACCCAUCUCCACCAUCGCGAAUCCGAUCCACUUGCGUAGAAACCGUAAAAGCGUAGAAGCGUUUGAAGGAAAAUUUUACCAUUGAAUUGGAACCUGCAUUGAAAUAAAUCUUCCAUGUCGUAUGUAUUGCCGUCUGUCUAGGCAAACACUAAAGCUGUCUUUUCUAUGUGCUUUUUUUUUCUUUGCAUGUGUGAGCGUGACCUCUUUUCGACAUACUGAUGUCUGCCGUCAGUUCUAUCAGUGAGUGUGCGAUUGUGAAUUUCUCUUAUCGAAUGCAUCGUGGUUUUCCCCAAGCCUUACAAAUCAUCGAAUUAGUUACAAGAUUACGGAUUUUUAACAGCUGCCUUUAUAUUCAGCACGAGCCGGCAUUUGAAGGGAACCACUCUUAGUGUAACGCUACAAAACGCUAGAAACAGAAGCAUGGCUUCCACUGUUGUUUUUGAGUCUGUACAUUUUGCAUUACGAAAAGUGUGAUAUCUUUUCUUUCACUCAAAAGCACCUGCUGCCUUAUUUAUUUCAAAUAGCUCUGUCUAGUUUCCCAAUAACGGAAUGGAGUGUUCUACUGUAUGCAGGUUAUUUGUUGCUGUACAGUAAUUUAUUGGAAUAAAAACCAGAUGUCAAAGAGA